GUUUAUUUGUUUUUGUUUUUAUCUUCAAUAGAAAAAUACGGUAUAAAAUCAUGAUUUUAGAUUACGUGCUCAAGUUCCAUUUGCAGGAUUGUCUAGAUAUAUUAGGAAGUAUCGAUACUCUUGGAUACUACAGUGUUAAAAUUGACUUCAUGAAACUUUUUGAGACCUAUCCAGAUAUCGGUGAUAAGAUUCUGUGUAACCCUGUGGAAACUCUAGUGCUAUGUAAAGAAGACCUAAUGAAAGCCCAGGAAACUGUUAUUGAAAGGCAUGGAAUGAAAAUCAGUGAAAUGUCUCAUUGCACUGUGAAAUUGAAUAUCCAAGCUAGAUUCUUUGGAUUACCUGUUUGCCCUGAACUCCACAGAACUAUAUUUCCCAAAAAUGUUGAUUUGGGAUGCUUCCUCAAGGUUACAGGCACAAUAGUACGAGUGACACAGGCAAAAAUGCUAGAAUACAAGAGGACCUAUGUGUGUGUUAAGUGCAAACAUAAAAAUAUAAUUGAGGCCGACUUUGAUCACAGAUAUGUCCUGAAAGCUCCGACUAAAUGUGUGAAUGAAGAGAAGAAAUGUAAAUGUACCACUUUUACACAAGUUAACAUGGUUUCCCGGGAACACUGUAAGGAUUAUCAAGAAAUUAAAAUACAGGAGCAAAUAAAUAAGCUCAACGUGGGUGCGAUACCGGGAUCCAUAUGGGUGGUGCUCGAGGAUGACCUGGUGGACACAUGCAAGCCUGGGGAUGAUGUUCAUAUAUGUGGUAUAGUACGCCGUCGCUGGCGUCCCUCAGUCCUUAGCAAGAAGUGUGAAGUAGAACUAGUAUUACAAGCAAACUACCUCGAAGUAUGCAACUCACAGCAAUCAAAAGUCAUAGCGUCUGCGCCAGAUGUCAAGGAUUGCUUUGAUGAAUACUGGACUAAGUUCGAAGCGUGCCCUUUGAAGGGGCGGGACCAGAUUCUGGCUUCUGUAUGCCCACAGGUAUACGGCCUACACCUAGUGAAGCUAGCUCUACUCCUGACAGUCAUCACGGGAUCCAAUCACAUAGCCGACAGCGAGGCGGAGAAGAAGGCUGGUGAUGAUGAUGACUACGGCAGCAGGGUGCGGGGGCAGUGCCAUCUGUUGCUGGUUGGUGAUCCAGGCACAGGCAAGUCUCAAUUACUCCGUGCCGGCGUGGACCUCACUCCUCGCUCCGUGUUCACGUCGGGGGCGGGCACCACUCGCGCGGGUCUCACCUGUGCCGCCUUGAGGGAAGACGGUGAAUGGCAGCUAGAAGCUGGCGCGCUGGUGCUAUCAGACGGAGGCGUGUGCUGCAUUGACGAGGUGGGUCAGUUGCGCGAACACGACCGCGCGGCCGUGCACGAGGCCAUGGAGCAGCAGACCAUCUCCAUCGCUAAGGCAGGUAUAGUGUGCAAGCUGAACACCCGCUGCGCCGUCAUAGCCGCGUGCAAUCCUAAAGGACACUAUCAGACCGACGAGCCUCUGAGUGCCAAUGUGUCGCUGGGCACACCGUUGUUGAGCAGGUUCGACCUCAUAUUUAUUCUACUGGAUACGAAAAACAAGAAUUGGGAUAAGCUUGUUACAUCCUACAUUCUUUUUGGAGGAAGUCAUAACUCUGAAUCGAAGAAACAAUGGUCUAUUGAAAAACUACAGAUGUACAUAGGUCUGGUCGGUCCUCGAUGUAUGCAGAUGACGAAAUCAGCGAACAUCAUUCUACAGACUUACUACAUGACUCAAAGAAAGUCUGACUACAGAGAUCCUUCUAGAACUACUGUGAGAAUGUUGGACAGUCUCGUUAGAUUAUCACAAGCGCACUGCCGCCUAAUGUAUCGCACCACCAUUCUACCCAUGGAUGCGAUAGUGGCAGUAUCUCUAGUCGAUCUAUCCAUGCAGGAUUGUACCCUACACGAUACAGUUGACGCAUUGCACUCAACGACCCCUCAGUACCCAGACUUCGACUACCUCUGCACGGCCAAAAAACUUCUGGCGAAGUUAAAUCUGUACGAAAUAUGGAAAGAAGAACUUCUAUAUUUUGCCAAACUACUUAAAGUUGAUGUUAGAACUCUAGAAACCGAUAUAGAUAAUGAAAGAAAUCUGUUGUUUACUAAGUUUGAAGAUGUUUCGGUUGAUAAUAUACCUCUCUCGUCUACACUUAUUACUAGCUCUUAUUUUAAUGGAAAGAAGAAUGGGAAAACCACUGAUGAUAAUGAUAAAGAUGAUUUCGUAGAUGAAAAUGAAAUUGCAAAGAAACAAAUCCCCCAUGUUGAAGAUAAGAAUGAAAUGACAAAGAAGUUAGCAGUCACAUUGAAAAAGAUGGCAUCUCUGAAUAAAGAAGAAAAGGUUCCACCGAUUAAACAGAAAACUAAGAGAAAACGAAAAACUGUCACAGUAGAUUCAGAUUCUCUGAGUAAAAAAACUAAAACUGCUAAAAAUAAACCAAAAAGAAAUACAAAUAAGAUUGAAGACAAGAGCCAUAGUUGUGAUGAUUCUGAUGAAAACGACCAUACUAUUAACCUCAACGCUGUACCAAGUGUGAAUGAUGUAUUUAACGAAUUAGGCAUUGAUUUUAACUUUGAACCUUCACCCGACAGUAAACCAGACACAGAAAUCCACGAUAAAUCACGUUUGAAUGAGACAAUGAAAGAAAAUAUCAAAGAAGACAAUGAAGUAAUAAAGAAAGAAAACAUAGAUAGUAAUUCAGAUAGAAAUACUUCAAGCACUUUAAGCAAAUUGAAGCAAUUUCAGUUUGCCGGUAAACAUGAUUUAUCUAAAUAUGACGAGGUAAAGAUAAAGGAAGAGGCAGUCACAAGACUGGAGAAUGUUACAAAAUCUAUAGCAGGAUCAAGUACAGAUUCAAUCAACAAGAAAACCUCCUUACCCAGCUCUCAAAUAUCAAUGUUUGAAAGUUCUGACUGUGAUAUAGAUUUAGAUUUAUGAGAUGAUUCAAAUAACAUUAAGUAAAAUAAAUCAAACUAUUUUUGUUA